GGAGCGCCCGGGGGGCGGGGCCGGCGGCGGAAGCUGCGCGCCAGGCUCGCGCGGCGACUCCGACUUGGCGCGGUUCUGGCCUGCUGCCCUCCGCGCGCGCAGAAAAAAAUCGCCAUGUCUUCUUCCAGACCAGGCCUCCGUUUGGCUGCCUGUUUAUUAAACAUUUCAGAAGCCAGAAGAAAAUACAUUGUUGAGAACGUAGCGAAAGCAGCUCUUCUUGAAAAAAAUGGACAGAAACAUCAUGAAGUAUCAGUGCUCAAUAUAUUUUCUGAUCAGGACUACAACAGAUCAGUCAUUACAAUAGCAGCUUCUGUUGAAGAGUUAGGCAAUUCCAUUCUGGCUGCCUGCGUGGAGGCCUUCCGGUCUAUCGAUAUGGAGGUUCAGGAGGGGAUUCACCCUUGCCUGGGAGCAGUGGACCUGAUUCCCAUUUACCCUCUCUCUGGUGUCAGAGUGGAAGAGUGUGGAGCUGUGGCCAGAAGCCUUGCCGAGAAUCUGGUCGAACGCGUUCCUGGCUGCAGCGUGUUUCUCUUUGGUGAGGCUGACCUGCCUGAGAAGCGCUCUCUUGUCCAGAGAAGGAAACAGCUGGGCUGGUUCACAAGGAGGGAUUUCAGUGCUCUUGAACCUGACCUGGGAGUUGCACCUGCUCGGAGAUGUGGUUUAACAGGUAUCGGCACCAGCCCAUAUGUGAUGAACUGCAACGUUACCAUCGACUCUCAAGACUUGGCUCUGGGACAAGAGAUUGCUAGUGCCAUUCGGGGCUCAAAUGUGAAUGGACUGAAGGGUGUCCAAACGAUGGCUUUUCCUCAUGAAGGGAAAAUUGAGAUAGCUUGCAACGUAGAGAGUUUUGAAGAACAAGAAGUUAAAGAAAGCUCAGAAGACUCUCGAUACAUGGCUUACAGUGUCCUUGGGGAUCAUUUUUAUUAUACAUCUCCUCAUUACAUAGAAGCUCGGGUUAAAAAGUUGGCAAGUGACCAGGGAAUUGGCACUAUAGGGAGAGCACUGAUUGGAUUUACACCCCAAGAGUGCAAGGACUGUGCCGAACAUGCUAUAAAGGAACAUAUUGGGGAGUUCUGGAAGAUACGGGGAGGUGUUUUCAUGUGAUCUGGUCUCAGGCUUCAUUGAAAUUUUAAGGAAAAAUAUCAACCCUGACAGAGUUUUCUUCUGGCCAGCAAAAAUGAGGGGAAGAUACAAGAGCCUUGGUUUGACCUGUGUAUUGGAAAACUGAAGCACUCUCUGUUCAAAGACAAUGGCAGGUGUUUAUAGAUUGUCUGUAAUCACCUUGUGAUAUUUCUAGUCGUCAUUAAAACCUCAUGAGAGCUCCUCUCUAUCAAGUUUAUGCACUUGCAAGCACUGGAGCCCCCCUGGAUCAGCUGGGUAAAAUGGCCAUGGUUGCUGAAUCAUCUUUAAUUAUCAUGGACAAAACUAAAAACAGACCCUGGUUUUCCUGAACUUUUUAUUCCCAUGUCCUGUAUUCAAUUUUCAUUUUUUGAGUAAUCAUUUUUAAUAUGUACUUUAAGAAAGGUCAAAUACCGAGUGAUUAAAAAGUGGGGAGAAUUAUAAAAUAAAAUUACUCUUUCAGAGCAUGA